GAAGUGUUUAAGAGGUGCCAGCAGGGUGGUAACUUGUAUAUCAUUGCCUUCGCUGCAUAUGGCUACAAAGGUGCGUGGGAUCGUUCAUCUGUUGCAACUCACACAAUGGAUGUGUUGCCAUUUGCGGUUGAGAACACAUGGGGCAUACAAGAUGUGUGCUUCACUGGGGAUGA